AUGACUGAUAAUCAAUAUGCUCCGUUGACAGCGAAUAUUGUCAGGACUCUGACGGAUAAACUUUAUGAGAAAAGAAAGGCUGCUGCUCUCGAUAUAGAAAAGUUGGUCCGUGAUCUUCAUGCAACAAAUCAGUUGUCGCAAUUGGAGAAGCUUCUCACGGUUCUCCGUGAGUUGGCUAUGGCAUCCAAUGGUCACACCCGGAAAGGCGGUCUUAUAGGAUUGGCAGCAGCGGCUAUCGCGCUCGGAAAGAACGCUCCACCCUAUACAGUGCAUUUGAUAGAACCAGUACUGUCGUGUUUCAAUGACCCGGAUUUGCGAGUGCGAUACUAUGCUUGUGAGUCCCUUUAUAAUAUCGUCAAGAUCUGCAAAACAGCUGUGCUCAGUCAUUUCGACCAAUUAUUUGAUGUUAUGUGGAAGGUUUAUGAAAUUCACUCUUCCGGCAAAGCAGAGCAUUUAACAAACCUUUUUUAUACUUUCCAGGAUAUCGUUGUAUCUAAAGAAGAUUUUGAUAUUGCCAACUUGAUGAGCCUUAUUCGAGACCGCAUUUAUGUGCAGACAAGCUCCAACAGGAAAUUUAUUGUGACAUGGCUGAACGUUAUGCUGACAACUCCAGCAUUCAAUUUGCUACCAUACGUUGCUGAGGUGUCAGACGGGCUUUUUCGAAUGUUAGCUGAUGGUCAGCCCGCUGUUCGAGAUGUGACUGAAACAUUACUGGGACAGUUUUUACAAGGCAUUCACAACAAGCCGGAAGCCCUCAGUCCCGAGGAUCGGUCGCAAAUGGUUAGCGUACUUCUUGCCCAUGCUCACGAGGAUGAACCUCCUCUAGGAAGAAAACUGGCUCUAAUAUGGAUGGAUGAGUUCAUAAGAAUAUACAAAGAAAAGAUGCUUCCAUAUUUGUCGACUUACUUGACCGCGGUUCUGCCAUCAUUGGAUUGUGAAGAUUUGAAGGGUAGGACACUCCAGAAGGUACUGUUGAAGUUUGUUGGUUAUGGGAAACAAGAAACGAGGAUAGCUGUUCUGAACUGGAUCCGGCACUUAAAUGCAACUAUGCCUUCUCAGGGUAGAAUUCGUAUCUUUCAGUUGUUUGUACACAUGGAACGAAUCUUCCCCGUGCUUUUGGGAACUCUCUCGGACACCUCGGAUGAGGUUUUGCUCCUUGACCUCCAUCUUCUAUCGGAUAUCUGUCAAUCAAACACUGAGCGCUACGAUGUGGAUUUAUCAAGUUUUCAGCUGAGCGAGGACACUUUAAAAAACCUAGCUCCAGUGUCCCCUUCACUCGUCAAAUUUGCUGUCAGUCUUUUGGAAAUGUUUCGUGCAGAGCCUGCCCUUCUCAACGAUAGAGGAACAGCUCUGUCUUCUCAUGGAGCCGGCGCAUAUAUACCGCGCACUUUGUGUGUUGCUUCUGAGAGAACAAAGCAUCACUUUCAUUCAAGUAAGAAUGCCGUCUCAAUGUUGCAUGGAGUUUUACUCACUGCUACCGAGUUAUUCAUUUUGCGCGAUCAGCUAAGGAAGCUGGAGGGAAAGGAUUCAAUAUCAUUAUUCGAAUGCGUUUUUCGGUGUUGGUGUUACCGACCUAUCGCGCUUCUGGGAUUAUGUCUUCUCUCCCAAAACUAUGCGCAAGCAGCUGAAAUCGCUUUACUUCUGUCAGAGGUGGAUAUGACUUUGGAUGUACUGGUCGAAAUUGACAAGCUGGUCAAUAUGAUAGAAAGCCCUGUGCUAGCUUAUGUACGUAUGGAUUUAUUGUCAGCAUGUCAUCAACGAUCUCUUUCAACUGUGCUGUCAGCUUUGUUAAUGUUGAUGCCCCAAUCCGAUGCUUUUCAUACAUUACACAAACGUUUGCAAGCUGUUCCCGCUCUCACCGUCAUCGGGUAUGUCUAUAUUUUUAUAUAG